AUGUUGGUGUUUAUAGCGAAGUUGUUGGAGCUUACGAAUAAGGAGGCUGCAUUCCAGUCGUACAGGGUGCUGGCAGGGAUCAGGGGUAGGUUUUGUACCCAGGGUUGCAGGCCACUGGGUCUGGGUGUUGUCAGUGGGUUUGCUCUUCGCCUGCCCCUGUCCUCCACGGUCUCUCAGUUCCGCUGUGUCCACCUUCCGUUACAGGGACCGUCCCCAGUCGAGGAUUCAGAACGGGAUGAACCGGAGGAGAUCGGACCUCCCCAACGGCUGGUAGAGGAAUGUCAACAGACACAGGCCCGGGACCUCAGACCCCUCGCUGACCAGCCCUCCGCAGACCGCACGCGCCAUGUCCGAGCAGCUGGGAGUGACCGCGCCGGGAGACCGCACCCCGCUGCUCUUCUACGACCGCCACUGCCCCCACUGCUGGAGCUGGAGGGGGGCGGGGGCAGCGGGGUGGUAGGUGGGGGUGGCCAGCCGGGCCCCCACUGCUUUGCUCCCGACGGGCUGGACCCCCUGCGGCCACCCGUGGAUGCCCCCAAGAUGGCCGCCGUUGCCCAUGACGACGGCUGGCCAGCCUCCGAGCUGUCCGGCGCAGUGGGCCCCAAGCCGGAGAUGGCGGGCGCCCACAGCCCAGCCGGAUUUGCCGGCUACGAGGCCUCCUACGAGGUGCCGGUCGCCAGGAGGAUGGACGGGAAGCUGGACUCCUUCAACGAGGCCUUCCUCCGCCGGAGGGCGCUGGGUCAGGGGUCAGGGGCCGCCAGUUGUGUGCAGACACCCACCCUGAGGCAGAUGUUGACAGAGAAGACGCACCCCCCUCACUACCUCCACCCCAGGGUGUCCCAGGGCCCUCACUACCGUCCCCAGGAGGCCCCGAACCUGCACUGUGGCCUAGCGCAGGCCCGUCGCAUGCCGGCCAUGCAGCUGGGGCCACAGUCGGCCUUCCUGCAGCACUCCGCUGCAGCCACACAGCAAGGGGAGCACCCCCAGCACCGCCAACAACGCAUGCUGGGUGAGGGUGAGCCACCGGCCCAGGCCGCUCACUCCAGCCCCUGCAGGGGGCACAUCCGCCCCUCUUUCCACCCGGCCGCCACGGCCCAGUUCGGCCGUGGGGCAGAGCAGCGGGCAGGGGGCCCGGCCCCGGGCGCGGAGGGCAAGAGGGAGCACUUCGGGCUGGGGGUGGCCACCGGCCAGCAGUACGUCUAUGGGGGCAGGCCGCACUACCGUCUGCAGGAGCCACCGCGGGAGGCGAUGGGCGCCCCGCUGUACCAGCACAACAGCCACGGGUCACCAGUGCAAACCCCACAGCCCCUGGGCCCCGCCUCCUCGUCCCCACAGUAUGUGACUCCCUGCCCGCACCAGGAGACCGAGAACGGCGGCGAGACCUCCUGCAUCCAGCUCCUGAACCCCUCCGCCAACAAACUCCUCGCACCUCAGCUCUGCCCCACCGACCUCUACUGGGAGCAGGUACAUCAGACGCCUCCGUCCUGCGGCAGGUUGGCUGGUCAAAGGAGAGGGCUCGAGGAGAAGGAGGAGGCACCCUACCCCUUCAGCUGUGGAUGCUGCAAGGAACAGUUCAGGAACGCCGCAAGUUUCCAGGCCCAUGUCGCUCCCGGGGCAUGCAUGGGGACCUCCCACCCCGUGACCCAGAACAAUGUGCAGAAGGUCCCGAGGGAUGGCUGCCACUUCUCUGCCCACCUCCCAACAAACGCCCUGGCAGCCAAGGCGCCCGCGGGCGAGAGCUGCAGGCGAGACAGCCCCCUGGCGGAGGCCUCGGGUGACUUCCUGUCCGGACAGGAAAUGAGGAUGCUGAGCAACAUGGUCGACUACUCGACGCCUGAGAGUGCCGAAGGUCUCGUUCCCAAGUAUCCGCCCGUGACCGUGUAUCGGAGUUACCUCCGGUCCGUCAACAGCAACGCUGGUGAUCUUCUUGAGCGAGCCGUGGAACCCCUCCAUUACACCCCGCAGCCCAUGUUAGACCCCCUGCGAAAGGGCAGCGGACUCUUCUGCAACCUGCAUUCUGCCACUUCCAACAAUGACCCUGCUGUUUCUCCCUACCCCUGCAACCAGUUCAACGGCUUCGAUUGUGUGUCCCAGGACUACACCACACCGGGGAACGGUCAGACUCCCCGCAUCAACGUAGGAGCCAGGUUCCAGGCGGUGGUCGAGGAUGCGUCCCGGACGCUCUGGGAGGAAGUGGCGGUGCACGGUGCCGACCUGGUCUGGAAACCUUGGAAGAAGCUCUCGGAAAGUCUGGAGGUGCAAGGUCAAGUGGAGGACCUGCUGAACCUGGCCUGUUCCAGCGCCCUGCCCGGUGGGGGCCUCAACCGCGAGUUCGCUCUGCACUGCCUCUCCGAGGUGGAGGGGGACGUGAUGGUCACCCUGGAGAAGCUGCUGUUGAACAAUGGAGCCCGGUCCACCUCUCACCCUCUGGCGGAUUAUCAUUACUCAGGAAGCAGCAACUGGAGCCCCAGCGAGAAGCGACUCUUCAACAAGGCGUUCGCCCUGCACAAGAAGGACUUCCGCGCCGUCCAGAAGGUGGUGAGGACCAAGGACGUUGCGGAGUGCGUCGAGUAUUACUACACCUUCAAGAAGAGCCUCAAGUUCAACAAGAAGCUGCGGCCACGAGCGUCAGACGCAGACGAGGACUGGAAUGGCAUCUUCAGACAAGACACAGACUACGAGCUGCCGUUCACUAGCCCACAGCCGGCGCAGAGAGGGGAGAGAGAGAGUCCCUGCCCACCGUCAUCGGCAACUUCCCCUGCAAACAGUGCGGAAAGAUGUUUUACAAAAUCAAGAGCCGGAACGCCCACAUGAAAAUCCACAGGCAGCAGGACGAUUGGCAGCACCGAUCGCAGGACGCCCUCUGCCCUCCGCUCACCUACCCCGGGGCAGCCCUCAGCAAGGCUCCCCCCACCCCACCUGUUUACCCCGGCUGGGACAACAGGGAGAUGCAGGGGCCACUGGAGGUCAUGUCCGAGGCCGCGACCUGCGCCGGGUUACCUCAGAUCUACCAGGAGGGCAAGUUCAGCCUGGCCAACGGCAAGUGCCAGAACUACUACUUGUAAAGACAAUCCUUGCCAAAGCACUAACUGUGAAGACGUUUAACCCCACUGAAUUCUAACCGACCCAAGGCUCCCAAAACUGAGCCCCUUUUGCAAAUGAGCACUUGGUGUUCGGUCUAUUAAUUCCCCUCUUUUUUGGGAGCUUUUAAAUACUGAUAUUUUGUCUUGUAUUUUUUUAAAUAGCAUUA